UCGAUUUAGAAACGUGCUAUGCAAAGUACACAGUUGAAUUUAGAAAAGAUUUCGUCCACGUCAUUUGUUUCAUAACAUAAAUAAGUAAGCUCACCAUUGAUUGAUUAAAAAUAUCAUAAGUUUUAAUAGUAUAGAAGGCUCUCUCUAUAAGACAUCGUAGAGUGUUGAGGCCAUCUGUCAGGUCGUCCGUGCGGAAGUAUAUGACGAAAUAUCAACACUGACAAAUCUGCAUCGUCGUCAGACUGAUCCAGAAGACGCGACGAAGGACCGUGCAAGAUGAGUCUGGCCAAACGCCGAUCACCGAUCUCGAUCGAACUGCCAUCGAGGAUCAUCGAAUCGGUUUUCGGAUCCAUUUUCGGAGUUCUGACUUCGAAAGGUACUUCCGAUCGAGACGCCUCCUUACAUCGGUACCACCGUGAAACUUUGAUAUUUCGUCGAAAAUUCAACCGUGUACUUCAUAUAGCGAUGUUAAACACAUGGAUGAACGCGGAUGAACACGGAAGAGCUUUCCCACGAUAUCGAUGUGACCCAACAAAAAGUACCGACAUGGAAUUCUCAUCACGAUGGAAGAAUUGGAAACAAAUGCCGAUCAUGCAGGCGCAUGGUCCGCGAGACCCUCGGAAAAGUAAACCCUCGUGCGUAACAAUGGUCGGUUAGUUCAGAGCACUUUAAAAUGGUAUAACGUAGAGAAUGACAUGCGAACGAAACUUAAUAUAGCAAGGACAAUGAAAGUACGUUCGGAUCGGACGUCUAUAACGAGGGGAAAAUGAAUAAUUAUUUGCAGCAGAUAUACCCCUGUUAGUAAUCGAGUAAGUAAAUGAACGACAGUGAGUGAAUAGCAUGAAAAACAUGAAUCUGAAGUUUUUGCAAGCAAAGUAUGUUUUAUAGAAAUUUAGAAUAUUCAAGAUUUUUUGAAUUGGAAAAUAUAUGAACGUCUGAAAUUAUUUAACAAAUUUGGACUUUAAUGACAUCGUCGAUACGAAGUGAGAAUGUGCAUGAUCUAAAAGAGAAAAUAAAUAUUAUUCAAGAGGUAUUUUUUAUACAUUUUUAAAGA